AUUCCUCUAAGAAGACGCAAUGUCCCAGGUAACACAGCCAAGUUCCACAGGCGACAGCGAUCACAAGCCAGUAAGGUGUAACUCUUCAGAUUGUUGGCGCCUUCUUCAGAAACUACGAUCAGACUGUCCUUUGGUUCAGUGCAUCACAAAUGUGUCGAUGGACAUCAUGGCGAAUACUCUCCUUGCAGUUGGAGCGUCCCCUGCCAUGGUACACGCUGAAGAAGAAGUGGAGGAAUUUGUUACCUUGGCCUCAGCACUGCUGAUCAAUAUUGGGACUCUCUCUACCCCUUGGAUCAGGUCAAUGCACAAGGCUGCAGCCAAGGCUCAAGAACUGGGGAAGCCCUGGAUGUUGGACCCCGUAGGUGUGGGCGCCACCACCUUACGGACAAACACAGCUACAGACUUGGCUGUUUCUUAUAAGCCCACUGUGAUAAGGGGCAAUCCUUCUGAGAUAGUGGCUCUGGCCAAAAAUAUCUGCAAAGAACUUGAUCUUCAGCCAUCAGAAGGAGCUCAAAAAGGAGUUGACAGUUCUCAGAGUUCUGACCAUGCCCUUGUGCCUGCCAAAGCCCUGGCAGUGGAGUGCCACUGUGUUGUUGUGGUGACAGGAAAAGAUGACUUUGUGACAGAUGGUUCCAAUGUGAUCAAGGUAUCUAAUGGUCAUCCAAUCCUCACAAAGAUAACUGCAGCUGGAUGCACAUUAACGGCUGUGCUUGCAGCAUUUGUUUCUCUGGGAGAUGUCACUCAUGUGAUGAAAAGUUGUGCUUGUGCAUUGAGCAUCUUUGGAAUUGCAGCAGAACUGGCUGUACAAGAUCCAACAGCUAAGGGGCCUGGUAGUGUCAGAAUGCUAAUGCUAGAUACCUAUGGAAGAUUUAAUACACAAACCUUGUGGAACAUGGCCAAAAUUUCCUAACUGUUAAAACCCCCAAGAUCAAUUUGCAAAUUAUUUUUUAUAACUGAUGUCAAUGUCCAUGUGAACUAGUUGAAAGACUUAAGUAAGAGGAUAUUGUCCAUAGGAUUUGAACAGAAUAAUUCCCAUCUGCCAAAAGCAUUUUUACCACCAAUUCUCAGCCAGUUACCAACAAUUGCUAUUUGAAUUGUAUGGAGUUAACUCAGGAGCAAUCUCUUCUCUUAGAUUUAUCAAUAUUUCACAUGCCAUUUAAAAUGUGAAAAAUUGCUUCUUUACCUUCAAGUACUAAUAUAGUAUUAGUAGACAUAACAGUCUAGUAAUUAGGAUAACUUAAUAUUAAUACCAUGCAUUACUUUAUUAUUUACUUCACUGCCUUACAAGAUGAACUUUACUUAAGUACCAGUACAUAACAUGUACUGAAAUAAUAUUUACACCACCAUACAUCAGGAUGACACAGUGUUGCCAGCUAUUUGUUUCUCAGGCACCAAACACCAUAAUAAACAAAGCUGUAAUCAAAUAACUGUCUUAAUCUAAAAUGAAAUUUAACCUUUGCCUCGUAGUGUUUUCAUGGUAGGCUACUAACACUUAUAUCCAAAAAUGUAUGCUGUAACUAAAAGGGCAAAAUUUUGCUAAAAUCGUCCAACCGAGUGAAUGUUCAUGAAUUUGACAUUUUUGGCAAAUUUCAGCAAAUUUGUCAAAGUAAAAUCAGUUUAGCAGAAUUGACUGUUUGACAAAUUUUAGUCAAAUCUGUCAAAGCAAAAUCAGCCUCAUGGAUUUGACGAUUGUGAUGAAAUUUCACCAUUUUUGAUAUUAUAUGCAUUUCUGGACAUCUCUUGCUACUAAAUCUGAUGACAAUAUUUUAUUUGAUCUAGGUAAAUUAACCAUGUAUCAUGGUACUUGGUAAUUUCAAUAUCAUUUGUAAGUUGUUAUGUUCUAAUAUACUUGAGUCUGGUACAUUUGAGUA